AUGGCUCUCACCUUCUUCACCGAGCCCUUCUACUCCCUCUCUGACUUUGACCGGCUCUUUGACCCGGCAUUCAAUGCGCGUGCGCGCACUUCGCUCGCGCCUUGCGAUCAGACCGAGAACGUUACCGCUAGGUCGCUUAGGCCGAGGCUACAUCUGCACGAAGAUAAGGACAAGAACCUCAUAACGGCGACCUGCGAAUUGCCAGGUCUCACUAAGGACAAUGUCCUUACCGUGUCUGGAGAGUCAAAUAUCUCCAACGACCGCAACGAGAAGGAUUGUGCCAUCCGCGAGCGACGGGACGGCAAAUUCUCGAGGUCGAUGUUUGUCCCUCAAGGCAUUAAGCUCGAGGACAUCAAGACGUCCAUGGAGAAUAGCGUCCUGACCGUGACAUUCCCACUUACAACACCUGAGCAGGCACCUAGGAAGACCACGAUAGCAUGA